ACUGCGACACCGGAGACAGUUGUGUUAUUUUUUUUGUUGUAUGUUUCGCCGCGGUGCCGUUAGGAAGACGGUGAAGUCCGGCGGCGGCGGCGGCCUCCGGUCACCGGGGGACGUGGAGCCCGUCCGUCCCUCAACGGCGCACAGCCCGCCCCGUCCACAGCCCUCGCUGGCCUGUGCCUCAGGCAAGCACCAUCACACUUUUAGACUGAAAUGACAGCAACUGCACUACGGAUAGGGGACCAAAUAAUCCUUGAAGAGGAUUAUGAUGAAAACUACAUCCCCAGUGAACAAGAAAUCCAAGAAUAUGCUCGGGAGAUAGGAAUUGACCCUGACAAUGAACCGGAGUUAAUGUGGUUAGCCAGGGAGGGCAUAGUGGCACCUUUACCACAGGAAUGGAAACCUUGCCAAGAUGUCACAGGUGAUGUCUAUUACUUCAAUUUUGUAUCGGGCCAUUCAACCUGGGACCAUCCAUGUGAUGAGCAAUACAGAAACCUGGUUUCUAUGGAACGUGAAAAACUGCACGCUCUAGGUGGAAGCAAAAAGAAAGAAAAGAAAAAGAAGAAGGAGAAAAAAGAGAAGAAAGAGAAAGAUGCACUUAAAUCUACAGCACUGAAUUUACCACCGACUCUUGUUAUGGCACCUCAAGGAAGCCUUGCUCCCCUUCGUGGCCUUGGGGAGUUCUCAGCAAGUACACUCUGUGGUUCUUUGGGCAAUGCAUCUGCAACUCCCGGGGGACUGAUGAAGAGUUCUCUUGGAAGUUCUCCGGCAUUUGGGAUCCCUAAAACAUGUGGCCUUACCAAAAGUCUUCUGGGAGCAAAGCUUGAAGAGAAGAUAUCCCUGCACUUAGCUGACCUCAGUGAAGAUGAUGAAGACCUAAGUAGAGAUAAGAGUCCCCCCAAUACUGCUCAGCUCAUGAAAAACCUCCAUAUAGAUGUGGGAUCCCUUGGCAUUGGUUUUGAAUAUGAGGAAAGUGCAGAGAUCGAUGAGGAUGUGGAUCAGGACCGUGUCGAUGAAGGGACUGAACCUGAGCUUCAAAACCUCCCAGUGUCUGAUGAAGAAGCAGAAAGUCAGAAAGAGGAGUUGUUUGAACAAAGCCACGGAGGAAGCGAGCCCAGAAGCAUGCUUGAUUCAGAAAGUCGUGAUGUUCAGCCUCCAACCCCAGAUAAGUUAACUUCUGACAAAGAGGCUGAUGAUGAUGAUGACAACAUCGACCCUAAUGACGAAAAGCUAGAAGUCAAAGGUAAAAGUGAGAGUGACACAGAAGAUGGUGUUCUGAUCAGACCUGUACAACCGGGGCAUCUGGGGCGUGCAGUGGCAAUUGAUGAAGCAGAAAGUGAAGAAAUUGGAGCAGGAGAUAGUAGGUGCAACUCAGUCGAUGGUACAUCAAAGUUGUCUCAGGUUGGAGAUGUGGACUUGAAGUCUGAGAACAAAAGUGAGGGAGACCCGAUACUGACUUGCGCUGAUGAACAGCCAAUUGUUGUAGAAGCAGAAAUCGAUAAAUGCAAUGGACCAAACGAAAAGAAAAGUGUUAUGCCUUCCAAUAACCCUGAUGAGCCACUUAAUCCACCUCAAAAGGACUCUGAACCCAGCCAACAACUUAAAGAUCUGCAGGCUUCUGAAGAAUCAGAUGAAAUCGAUAACAAUUUUGUGGAGGAAGACACCAAGAAGCUAAAUCUUGAAGAAAGAAGGAAAAGAACAGAGGCUUCUGAAAGAUGCAUUUAUCAGGAGCAAGAGAAGGACAAGGGACUGCUGCAGUCACAGAAAUCGAAGGAGGAGUCCUAUAAGUUGAACCAGGAACUAGAAGAGGAAAAGAAUCAGAUGCUCAAAAAGAGGGAGGAGCAGCUUUGUAAACUCGAGCAACAGGAGGAAGCGGAAGCCCAGCAAAUUUAUCGAGAUAAAGAAGAAAGACUCAGGUUAUUAAAAGAAAAACUCAGGACUGAGCGAGAGGAAGAGGAGACACGACUGAAAGAAGAGCAGGGUAGUGCAUUGCUCAAACUCCGAGACCAGGUUAAGACUGAAAUUGAGACAACAGAGAAAGAAAUUGGGGCUGAGAAGGAAGCAAAACUGGUGCAGCUCAGAGCAGAACUGAAAUCAUUUUUAACAACGGAGCAGCAAAAUUUAGAGGCUGAAAAGUAUGCGGUUGUGGAGCAGAUGAGGAAAGAGAUGGAUGAAACCUUAAAGGAAGAGAAGGUUCUGCUGGAAGAGAAAAAAGAGGAGGCUCUUGGUGAGCUAAGGGAAAAGCUAAAAAAGAAAACAGAAGAGGAACUGGAGCAACUGAAGAACAAACACUCGAUUGACCUUCAGGGACUGAAAAAGACAGCUGAGGAAAAGCAUCAAGAAGCACUUUCCAGUCUCCAGAAGCAGAUCACUGAUGCCCACAAUCAAGAGAAAGUUCAUGUGCAGGAAGAUCUCGAUAAAGCACAGAGAAAAAUACAACAAAUUGCAGACUAUGAGCGAGAGUUAAGUGAUUUGCUAAAAGAAAAACGCGACGAGGUGGAGAAGGAUCACGAGAGGAAACUGGAGCAGAUUAAAGAGGAGCACCAACAAACCAUGGACAGAAUUAGAGAAGAGUAUGAAGAAAAGGAGCGACAGCAGAGGAGUAAACUGCUACAGCAGCUGCAGGAAGAGCAUGAACGUCUAACGAAGUUUCAUGAGCGAGAGAUUUCAGAUCUUCGGCAGGAGCCUAGAACGAAGACUCAGCGAGUUGCGAAAGUCGUAUGGAAAAAAAGAAAUAAUUCUUUCUCGACCAAGCAUGCAAGAAGUAGAGCAGCAAAACAUGAGCAUUCCUCAUUGCAGGAAUCAAUCCGUCUGUCCCUCCAGAACCUGGAUAAGCUACAGGGCCAACAGGUGGAGCUACAACAGAAGUUGACACACUCAGAAAUGAAUGAAUUGGAGGCGACAAUCAAAAAGAAGCAAAAUACUCUAAACGAAGAACUCAUAAUCAACGGAGCCUCUGGUGGCACGGAAGGGGAUGAACUUCAUAUUGAGGAUUUUAAGUUCAUACAAAAAAAAUAUUACCCAAAUCACAGCAGCUCCCCCAUUCCCAGAUCUGAGGACGAACAAGUCGACGUGGAUAAUGUGCGAUACUAUAUCUCUGCUGAAGGACUGUCUAUCAAUAAAGCCAAGGAGUUCCUCAUGAAACAAACCCGCUCACUUAGGAAGCGACAGACAGCUCUAAAGUCAGCUAAGCAGCAAUGGAGGCAUGACAUGAGAAAAGCACAAGAGCAGGUGCAAGACCCAGAGAGCUCUCAAAUUCUGCAGGAUGUCUGGAAAAACCUGGAUCAGGAGGCCCGGCACCUGGAUGAGAUGAAGUUAACAAUGAAGAAGGGGCAGGCCUUGCUACGAAAGAAGGAAGAGAAACUAAAUCAGCUGGAGUCGUCUUUUGCUGAAGGGCUUUCAGAUGAAGACUCACCAAAAGUCACAGAGGGCAAGAAAGCUGUUACCUUUGACCUUACGGACUCCGAUGAUGUCAGCAGCACUGUCAGCAUCGACCUUCCUCAGCAGAAAACAGAGUUGAUGACGGAGUGGCCCCUUGCUCAGCAUGCCAACAUACAGUACCUCAGCAAUUCCAUUCAGAAAAUCACACACGACCUUAACGGUGUUCUUUCUGUUCUUGGAUCAAUGGGAAUGCAGCGAUCACCAGUUUUCUCCACAGCACAGACUUUUAGCGUCCCUACUCCUGGUUGCAGUGUGCCUUUGUCUGUGUAUGCCUCCCAGACCAGUGGGUCUUUGUUUUCCCCCAACACCGUUCCCUUGUCUUCACAAUGGACCUGGAACAGAGCAACAAAUCCCACAUUCCACCAUCCCACAGCUCAAUCUCUGGACGACGCUUUAAGUGAGAGGUGGCGCAAGUACUUCCCAGGGGGAAGACCAACCCUAAGUGGAAGACCAACAUCUACUGAGAGCCGGUUAGGAUAUGUUUCAGCAAGUGACCAGGUGAAGAUGUUCCAUCAGUCCCACUCUAAGAUGCCUCAAAAGAACGGUAUCUGUAUUCAAGAAGUGAUCGAAGCUAAUAAAAAGUGGUUGGAAAGUUUCAGAAAAGACCCAAAAAUGUCUCUCGUUGCAGCAGCAAACAGUUUCUCCCUUGAUGGAAGGUCUAAUCCAGCUUGGACUGGACGGAAAACAAUCAAAUCAGAGUCUACCAAUUUUAAAAAGCAGAGGACUCCUAAUAGUAGCAUUACUGUUAUUUAAACGAGUGCAGUGAAUAAUAUGACAUGCUGUAUAAACCAGCCCCAAGCUUCUGAAAAGUGCUAUUUCACAAACUAUAAUAGUAAUUAAUUUGAAUCUGUUAUAGUUAGCAAUAAAAUAUUUUCUACCCAAUAUUUUUCUAAGUAACCCAACUGAUUAUUUUUUAGCAUGUUAUUUGCAAAAUACCAAAAUCUCUGGUGUAGCUCACCAUGCUUUCUGCCAAAGGUAUAAUUAAUUAAAGUGUGCAUAAAAUGCUUUAUUUAUUUUCAAA